UCUUUAAUAAUUGGAAAAGGUUCAUUUUAAUGGUCAGCAUUACAGUUCAGGUCAUUUUUAUUCAUACUUGCCUUUUGACAUUCUUUGGAACUCUGCUUUAGACUUUGGAGGUUUGUUUUGAAAGAGUUUUACCAACAAGGCAGUGUCACUAAUUCCCCAGAUGGUCCCGCGUGGCUGUCUUUGGCAGCCUCAUUGGGCCGUGAUUGUCCACGCGGGACAGUGCUGGUCCCACGGACCUGAAAGAUCCACAGAAUCUGCCGUAAAUCAUCUCCGGGAUGUUUUUGACAGUUUCCUGCUAGUUUGUAGAUUUGAGGUCAAACUGUAAAAUUCAGAGGGAAAGCGGAGCGCGCGUGCAGGACAGCAUGCAUGUGACAGAUCAUACGGUUAUAUAACGGCUCUGCGCGCGUCGAGGCUCCGGGUUUGACUCCGUGACCACCUGCUCAGGUUCAUGACGAAGCUGGGAGGUCUGCCUCCGUGCACCUCCCCCUCCUCUUCCUCCGCCUCCUCCGUUCCCGGGUUCAGCACCUUGGAGAGCUCUCAGUCGUCAAACAAACUGCCGCGCGCUCGAACUCAGCAUCACGGAGACAGGACGCGCUCCGGUUCCGCUCGGGAGGUUUUGCCGCGUUUCUCUUGUUGGUUGUCCAAAUAACGGAUGUGACGGAGCUGGGUGGGGGGAGUGUGGGAAUCGGAGGACCGAGGCUGCACCCAUGAUCCCGCGGUACAAACCGAGUCCCGGUUCCACCAUGUCUCUGGCGUUCUGCGGGACCGAGAACAACUCGGCGGCCUACAACGUGGACGGGGGCGUCCUGAACAACGGCUGCUUCCUCGAUGCUCUGAACGUGGUCCCGCACGUCUUCCUCCUCUUCAUCACCUUCCCCAUUCUCUUCAUCGGUUGGGGCAGCCAGAGCUCCAAGGUGCACAUCCACCACAGCACCUGGCUUCACUUCCCCGGACACAACCUGCGCUGGAUCCUCACCUUCGUCCUGCUCUUCGUCCUGGUCUGUGAGAUCGCCGAGGGCAUCGUCUCUGAUGGGUUCAGCCAGUCCCUCCACCUGCACCUGUACAUGCCGGCAGCUUUGGCUUUCAUGGCGGGCGUCACCUCCAUCGUCUACUAUCACAACAUUGAGACCUCCAACUUCCCCAAACUGCUGUCAGCCCUGCUCAUCUACUGGGUGCUCGCCUUCACCAUGAAGACAAUCAAGUUUGCCAAGUACACCGAGCACGGCAUCGGCCUCCGGCAGCUGCGCUACUGCAUCACGGGGCUGCUGGUGCUGCUCUACGGGCUUCUGCUGGCGGUGGAGAUCAAUGUCAUCCUGGGGAGGCGCUACAUGUGCUUCGCCGAUCCGACAGAGGUGAAGCCUCCGGAAGACCUUCAGGACCUCGGCGUUCGGUUCCUGCAGCCCUUCGUCAACCUGUUGUCCAAAUCCACCUACUGGUGGAUGAACAAGUUCAUCACGUCUGCUCACAAGAGGCCCAUCGACCUGAAAGUUAUCGGGAAGCUUCCCAUCGCCAUGAGAGCGCUGACCAACUACAUCAAGCUUCGCAAAGAGUUCGAAGAUCAGAAGAGGCCCCAGGGCACAGCCCCCCCAGGCCCAAAGUGGAUCUGGCAGGCCCUGAGGAAGGCCUUCGGCAGGCCGCUCAUCCUCAGCAUCAUGCUCCGGGUCCUGGCUGACCUGCUGGGCUUCGUUGGACCGCUCUGCAUCUCGGGAAUCGUGCACCACAUCAGCAAAGACAAUCGGACCAUCCAGCAGCCGAUGAAGCUGCUCGGCAUCUACUUCAUCUCCUCCAAAGAGUUCCUGGAGAACGCCUAUGUGCUGGCUGUGCUGCUGUUCUUUGCUCUGCUCCUGCAGAGAACCUUCCUCCAGGCCUCCUACUACGCUGCCAUAGAAACGGGCAUCAACCUGCGAGGAGCCAUCCAGACAAAAAUCUACAACAAGAUCAUGCGCAUGUGCACGUCCAACAUGUCCAUGGGAGAGCUGACUGUUGCCCAGAUCUGCAACCUGGUUGCCAUAGAUACCAACCAGCUCAUGUGGUUCUUCUUCCUCUGUCCUAACCUGUGGGCCAUGCCGAUACAGAUCAUCGUGGGGGUGAUCCUGCUCUACUACCUCCUGGGGGUCAGUGCCUUGAUUGGAGCGAGCGUCAUCGCCGUGUUGGCGCCGGUUCAGUACUUCGUGGCCACCAAGCUGUCCCACACGCAGAAGACCACCCUGGAAUACUCCGGCGAGCGGCUGAAGAAGACCAACGAGCUGCUGCGCGGCGUCAAGCUGCUGAAGCUGUACGCCUGGGAGAACAUCUUCCGCGACAGCGUGGAGGAGACCAGAGGCAGAGAGCUCAGCAGCCUGAGGGCCUUUGCUAUUUAUACGUCCAUAUCCAUGUUCAUGAAUGCAGCCAUUCCCAUAGCGGCCGUGCUCACGACGUUUGUGGUCCACGUCCACAUUUCUGAGGACGGCGACCUGUCUCCAGCCGUGGCCUUCGCCUCCUUGUCCCUCUUCCACAUCCUGGUCACGCCCCUCUUCCUCCUGUCCAGCGUGGUGCGCUCCACUGUCAAGGCGCUCGUUAGUGUUCAGAAGCUCAGCGAGUUUUUCUCCUGUGAUGAGAUUGGAGAUGAGCAGGAGCCCAGAGCCACGCUGACCUCUGGCUACAGCAACCACAACCAGAACAAGUACCAUGCUGUGUCCUCCUCUGAAAGUCUCCCUUCGUCCUCCUUUCUGUCCCGCUGCCUCCAGCCCCUGAAGGUGGUGAACAGGAAACGCCCGGCGAGAGACGACUGGAACAACUUCAGCCCACGCGGGGACCAGGAGGCAGAUGGAGUCUCCCAGGGCGUGGACCAGGACACCUGCAUUAAGAUAACUGCUGGUUAUUUCACCUGGACGGACGGACCUGCCACUCUAUGCAAUGUGGACAUCAAGGUUCCCUUCGGUGAGUGCAGCAGAGUCAGAGAUGUGUUUGUGUUUGUUGGAUUCAUUGUGCUGCUGCUGCCCCCCCGCACACACACAGGUAAGCUGACCAUGAUCGUGGGGCAGGUGGGCUGUGGAAAGUCCUCUCUGCUGCUGGCGGCUCUGGGGGAGAUGCAGAGGGUGUCCGGGACGGUGAUGUGGAACAGCCUGCCGAGUCCUGAGUGUCAUGGAGAUGAAAGCCCCACCCCCGACAGAGAUGCGGCAGGUGACGGGACUGUCAGGAAGAGGGGGCCGGUGGCCUACGCUUCCCAGAAGCCCUGGCUGCUGAACGCCACCAUCGUGGAGAACGUGACCUUUGAGAUGCCCAUGAUAAAGUCCAGGUACAACGCUGUGAUCGAGGCCUGCUCCCUGCAGCCCGACAUCGACAUCCUUCCACAGGGGGACCAGACGGAGGUCGGGGAGCGGGGCAUCAUCCUGUCAGGAGGACAGAAGCAGAGGAUCAGCGUGGCCAGAGCGCUGUACCAGCAGACCAACGUGGUGUUUCUGGAUGACCCGUUUUCUGCUCUGGACAUCCACCUGAGUGACCAUCUGAUGCAGGACGGCAUCCUGAAGAUGCUCAGGGAGGAGAAGAGGACGGUGGUGCUGGUCACACACAAACUGCAGUACCUGCCGCAUGCAGACUGGAUUAUCGCCAUGAAAGAGGGAACCAUCCAGACGGAGGGGACUCUGAAGGACAUCCAGAAGUCUGAACCCGAGCUCUUCGAGCAGUGGAAGACGCUGAUGCACAGGCAGGACCAGGAGUUUCAGACGGAGACCGUGACGGAGACCAUGACGGAUCUGGAGAGGAAAAACCUGCGGAGGGCCAUGUACUCCAGAGAGGCUGCCAAGACGGAGGAAGACGAGGAAGAGGAAUCUAUGGAGAGCGAGGACGACGACAACCUGUCCCAGGUGAUGCGUCAGCGCGCCACCAUCCCCUGGCGCUCCUGCGGCGCCUACCUGUCCUCUGCCGGGCCGCUGCUGCUGUCACUGCUGCUGCUCUCCCAGCUGCUCAAGCACUCGCUCAUGGUCGCCAUCGACUACUGGCUGGCCCGCUGGACCUCCCACGUCAUCUCGGCCAAGGCGGACGGCUCGCCUCGCAACUGCUCUGCUGCCACUCAGGACUGCAGCUUCAGCCACGCCUGGUACCUGUCCGUCUUCAGCGUGCUCUGCUGCCUCGGCAUCGUCCUCUGCCUCGCCACCUCCGUGGCCGUGGAGUGGACGGGCCUCGCGGCGGCCAAGGAGCUCCACCACGGCCUGCUCAACAAGAUCAUCCUGGCCCCCAUGAGGCUCUUCGAGACGACGCCGCUCGGCAGCAUCCUCAACCGCUUCUCCACGGACACCAACACCAUCGACCAGCACAUCCCCACCACGCUGGAGUGCCUCUCCCGCUCCACCCUGCUCUGCGUCUCCGCCAUGGCCGUCAUCUCCUACGUCACGCCCGUCUUCCUGAUCGCCCUUCUACCGCUGGCUGUCACCUGCUACUUCAUCCAGAAAUACUUCCGCGUGGCGUCCAGGGACCUGCAGCAGCUGGAGGACAGCACCCAACUGCCCCUGCUGUCCCACUUCUCUGAGACGGUGGAAGGACUCCCCACCAUAAGAGCCCUCAGGUACGAACCGCGCUUCAGACACCGGCUGCUGCAGUUCACGGACGCCAACAACAUCGCCUCGCUCUUCCUCACGGCGGCCAACCGGUGGCUGGAGGUCCGCAUGGAGUACAUCGGGGCGUGCGUGGUGCUGGUGGCGGCCGUGGCGUCCAUCAGCAGCUCUCUAUACAACCAGCUGUCUCCCGGGCUGGUGGGGCUCGGCCUGACCUACGCCCUCAUGGUGUCCAACUACAUGAACUGGAUGGUGCGAAACUUGGCAGACAUGGAGGUGCAGCUUGGCGCCGUCAAGAGGAUUAACGGGCUCCUCAGAACUGAAGCUGAGAAUUACGAGGGGCUCCUCACUGUGUCUCAGGUGCCGGACGGUUGGCCCCGCCACGGAGAGAUCAAGAUCCAGAACCUGAGCGUCCGCUACGACGCCUCGCUAAAGCCCGUGCUCAAAAACGUGAACGCGCACGUCAGCCCCGGGCAGAAGGUGGGGAUCUGCGGCAGGACCGGGAGCGGCAAGUCCUCCUUCUCGCUGGCCUUCUUCCGCAUGGUGGACAUGUUUGAGGGCAGGAUCGUGAUCGACAACAUCGACAUCUCCAAGCUGCCUCUGCAGACCCUCAGGUCCCGGCUGUCCAUCAUCCUCCAAGACCCCAUCCUGUUCAGCGGGACCAUCCGGUUCAACCUGGACCCGGAGAUGAAGGCAACGGAUGAGAUGCUGUGGGAAGCUCUGGAGAUCGCUCAGCUGAAGUCGGUGGUGAAAACGCUGCCAGGAGGUUUAGACGCCAUCGUGACGGAGGGCGGCGAGAACUUCAGCCAGGGCCAGCGGCAGCUCUUCUGUUUGGCCCGAGCCUUCGUGAGGAAGAGCAGCAUCCUCAUCAUGGACGAGGCGACGGCCUCCAUCGACAUGGCUACGGAGAGCAUCCUGCAGAAGGUGGUGAUGACCGCUUUCGCUGACCGGACGGUGGUGACCAUAGCACAUCGCGUCCACACCAUCCUGAACGCCGACCUGGUGAUUGUGAUGAAGCGGGGGAUCAUCCUGGAGUACGACACGCCCCAGGCCCUGCUGGCCAGCGAGGACAGCGUCUUCGCCUCCUUCGUGCGUGCAGACAAGUAGCACCAGCAGAGGAGGAGGAGGAGGAGCACAGAGGAAGACAUUCAAAGUGCAAUUGCCGUGGAAUCUAUAGUCCCAUUAUUUUAUACUCACGUGUAUAUUUGUACAUAAAAUUAUUACUGGUUUGGUAAUAAAAGACAAAUAAUCUCA